UUCAUUCAGAUUACAUUUCCGAUUGUAUAUUCAUGGUCUACGACCCCGAUGGUAUGGAUCGCAAUAAUAUACGAAUCGAAGCUAAAGGAAAUAAUAAUGAAAAUUCUCUAUUUGCAUUUGUGGAACAUGAAGAGACUAAGACCUAUGAAAAACAAUAUAGAUUAAAACUUCUGCAAGAACUACACUACGAGGAUAAAGCCAUCUAUAAUCUGGAUGUCAAAGUCUAUGAUGCCAAAAAUAACACUGGCAACAUAUUUGCAAUAUUAGAAGUAAUCGAUUUGCCAAAUCGUGAUCCUAUAUGGGUAAGACCCUUAACUACGGCUACUUUUAAUGAAAAAGAAGAACAGAUUUUCAGUUUAAAAGCUAUAGAUGGUGAUACGGGCAUUGAUAAACCCAUUUGUUAUAGAUUGGAGUUUGAGGAGGAUUAUUCUGAACUUAUGUCUAUUAAUAGUUCAACGGGAGUGUUGCAUGUCCAACCUAUAGAUCGUGAUCUUUUAAAUCAACAGAUUUUUAGUUUUUAUACUUGUGCCUAUAAAUGUGAUGAUCCUUUGUGGUUUAUAAAAAACUCUACGAUUUUAAUAGUUCAGGAUAUAAACGAUCAUACACCGGAAAUUACCUUGGAACCAAAAGUAGUACAAAUUUUGGAAUCUAAGUACUUGACGCUACCUUUGGAGAAAUUCUUUAUAGAAGAUUUAGAUUUGGGCUCAAAUGCAACAUACAAUGUAUUGCUUACGAAUGCUAUUGGAACAAUUAAAUAUGCUGAAGCAUUUACUAUGAUUCCCAAUAGUGGUUAUCAGAAAACUGAUUUUUCAUUGACUGUUACUCACGCGGAUCUAUUGGAUUAUGAAAAUGAAAACUGGAGAAGUUUUGAAUUGAAGAUCAAUGUCAAAGAAGUGGAAAAUCUGCAACACGAGAAUGAAGUUACUCUGAAUAUCGAGUUGAUAAAUUGGAACGAUGAGUGGCCCAUAUUUGAGCGGGAAUCUUAUGAAAUUGAAAUUUAUGAAAAUGCUACCGAAGGAACACAACUUGCACAAAUACGAGCUAAAGAUCGAGAUAUAGGAGAUGAAGUAGUACACUCGAUUGUGGGCAUUAUACAAGGCAUUGCUAUAGAUUCCCUAACUGGAUUAAUAACUUUAAAUAAUACAAAUGUAUUCGAUUUUGAACGCCAAUCUUUGGUAAUGCUACAAAUUCAGGCUAAAGAUUCUUUGACUACAGAUUACACCCAAAAUUUACACACUUCCUAUAGCCAAUUGCAAAUUAAAGUACUGGAUGUUAAUGAUGAAACCCCGGAACUAAGAAUGCCACGUUUUAUAGUCAAUAUAACCGAAAAUUCUCCAGCUUUAACACUUAUUACCAAUAAAAUUGAGGCCCGAGAUCCAGACUCUUCAGCGGAUUUGAGUUUUGAAAUUAUAUGGUCUCAAUCCUAUGCCACCAAAAGUGGUCAAGAGGUUGACCCGACUUAUUUUUUUGGAUGUUUCAUAAUUGAACGUGAAUAUGUUAAUAACAAUUUAGUGUAUGGUCAACUGAAGAUAAAUGAUGAAUUUAUGACUGAGGUGGAUUAUGAGAAGUAUGAUACGAUAUUUUUGACCAUUAAAGUUCGUGAUUUAAAUCAGGAAUUGAAUGAGGAUUCUUCAACAGCUGUCUUGACCAUACGUAUCGAUGAUAUCAAUGACAAUCCUCCUCAAUUUGUAACCGGAACUCUGGAUGAGCCACGUAGUGUUACAGAAAUGGAGGAUAUUAUGAGCACAAUAGGUACCGUUGAGGCUUUCGACAUAGAUGGUGCGGGUAAUAAUAAUAUAACCUUUAAAAUAAGAGCCAUAGGUGAUCUUACAAAAAUGGACUUGGUUGUUAUAAAUAGCACAACCGGUUUACUCAAAGUGGCUGGUCUCAUACAAUGUGAUAUACCUAAAUUAUUUAAUUUGGAAUAUGAGAUUACUGUCAGCGAUUCUUUACAUGAGACCAAAGGAAAGAUCAAUAUCUCUGUAAUAGAUAUUAACAAUCAAGUGCCAACUAUCGAUGAAUUUCAACAUCAAGUAUUUAUAUAUGAAAAUGCUACUACUGGAACUAUAGUGGGUCAAAUAAAAUCUCACGAUAAUGAUAGAGAUAGUCCUCAUAACACAUUGGAAUAUACCAUUAAUAGUGCUUUGGGGGAUCUACACAAUUUAUUCCAAAUAAAUACCACCAAUGGUGAAGUCAAAGUCAAUUUGCGUAAUGGUUUCAUACUUGAUCGAGAUAUGGGUACUUUAUAUCAUUAUAUACCCAUCGAUAUAAAAGAUAAUUUUAAUUUUAUCAAUUCUGGUUAUGGACCUGUUAACCAAAAAUCCACAUUUUUAAAUGUUACCCUGAAAGAUGUAAAUGACAAUGCUCCCAUAAUGCCCAAUAACAAACAAUAUAAACCGGAAUUUUCAGAAGCUGACCAACAGAAUACAAUGUCAAAACUAGAUUUAAUAGCCGAAGAUCGUGAUGAACCUAAUACUGCCAAUUCUCAACUUAUAUAUUCCAUAUUAUCUAUAAAACCAGUACAAAAUUUCAAUACUGAUGUCCAAGAUUUUGAGGAUUUAUUUACAAUUACAACUUUACGAAAUCGUAUAGGACGCUUAAAAACUCAGAAAUCUUUGAAAGGUUACUAUGGCCGUUGGGAACUUGAAAUUGAAGCCGCCGAUCAAGGAACACCGCCACUAAGAAAUUCUUCAAAAUAUGAAAUUUAUAUAAAACCAUAUAAUUUUCAUGUGCCAAAAAUUAUAAAUCCUUCUAAGCAGAAGUCUAUAAGAAUCUGUUAUUCUUUGCAAGAACCUUUACGUCCUUUAUAUCAAGCCGACUGUGUUACACGAUUAAAACCAUUCGAAGUCUAUGAUCCAGAUGGUGGGGAAUAUGGUGAUGUUCACUUUGAAAUUUCCAGUGAUGCGGGCCAUGAUAAAUAUUUUGAAUUGGUUAAAGAAUCUCGUAAUUCUACUAACUUUUAUGUAAAACAAUUGUUAGCAGCUGGUAUCUACAAUUUAAAUUUGCGAGCUAUAGAUGGCGGUGGUAGUACUUCUUACGAAAUAAGAAAUCUCAAGAUAGUGUUUGUCGAUAUGUUGGGUAAUCCCAUGUUUUUACAUGACACCUUUAAUACAGAUUUUACUGAAAAUGAACAAGGCCUUUUAGAAGAACGUUUCAUACCCCAAGCUUAUGAUCCCAAAAAUGAGGGUUUAGAUGAUCCAGAUGAAGCCUAUAAAUUGUAUUAUUUUAUAGAUGAAACUUUCCAUCCCGAAGAUUCCAAGUACUUUAUUUUAAACCCUGAAACUAGACUUUUGAAACUAAAUACCACCUUGGAUCGCGAAACCAUCGAGCAACUAAGCAUCCGGAUAAAAGUCUCCAAUAAUGAGCAAGGUCUAAUAACCAAUCCUAAUAGUGUAAAUUACACUUUGUUGAUGAAUAUCACAGUUAACGAUGUCAAUGAUAAUGAGCCCAAGUUUAUACAAAACCUUUAUGCAGCUGGUAUUACAACCAAGGAUUCUAUAGGGAAACAUAUAAUGUCAUUUAAGGCUGAAGAUCCUGAUUUAAAUGAUGUUAUUAUUUAUGCCAUUUCCCAAACAUCCUUCGAAGCACAUGGCGAAAAUUUGGCUGGAAAUUAUUCAGAGUUGUUGGGCCUGGAGAAGCAAUCAGGAGUUUUAAUAUUGAAUUCUUAUGUAACAAAUAACAUGAAAGGUUACUUGAUGUUUGAGAUAGAGGCUUUGGAUUUGGCUGGUCAUGUAGCACGUGCGUCAGUGAAGAUCUAUAUUGUUUCGGAGAAAAAUCGUGUGAAAUUUGUAUUCUUAAGCGAUAUACAAAUUAUAAGAGAUAGUGAGAAAUUUCUACGUGAACAAUUUCAAGAAAUCUAUGGCUAUGAAAUCUGUAAUAUCGACUCUAUAGACGAUGUUACCAAUGUGAGAGCAAAUCAAAAAUCCCGCCAAGCAAGCGCCAAUACUUCAUCAGCCUUUAUAACUGAAGUGAAAGUUCAUUUUAUACACAACAACGAAGCCGUGGAAUCAUAUGAUAUAGAAAAAAGAUCCAAUGAUUUAGCAUUUAUAUCGCGUUUACAAAACGCUCUACAACAUCAAAAUCUAAUAUUAAAUGAUAUACCUCAUAUCGAAGCGGAAACACAAACACCAUUUGUGGACAAUUGGUUAAUAACAGCUUUGGUGGGAUUAAAUAUUACAUUAGGCGCUGUUUCGGUCAUAAUGAUCAUAUUAUAUGUUAUAAAAAUAAGAUCUUUAAAGAGGCAACUUAAAGCCUUCGAGCCAGCAGAAUUUGGUUCGGUGGCCUCGAAUCUUAAUAGAUUGGCGGGCCCUUCGAUGAAUGUGUUCUCGGUGGAAGGUUCUAAUCCGGUGUUUAAUAAACAAACAAAUGAAAUGCAACAAAGGGGAGGUGUCUAUGAGAAUGAUUCAAGCUCUGAGUCCGAAGAUGAUGAAGAUGAUUUUAGAGAUUUGCAUGAUGAUCCUUUAUUCGAAAUGAAUAAUUUGAAUAAUUUUGAGCAAAACAACAAAACGACCACCUGUGAUUUUGAUCAUAAAAUCCUUAAUAAUGACUUUUUUACCAGCAAAGAUAAAACAAACAAUUUACAAACGGAUUUGGAUAUAAAACGUUAUUAAAACAAAUUAUACAAUUUAUUUACACAGUACAUUUAAAACAAAAAUUAUUAAAAUUUUACAAAAAUAUCAACUUAUUAAAUAGAAACGAAUAAUUAUAUCAAAAAAA